UAAGGGUUAGUAUUGCUGGUAUGCCAUCACCAGCCUGGACCGCUUAAUACACCAUAUUAUGAUCGAAUAACCAAGCGUACCUGUUUCUAGUUGCACAUGGCUCACAGGAUAUGCUGGAGGGUUGCGUCCGUCAGCUCCCGUCUCUGGAGGAGGAGUCCAGUAUUUCUUGAUAAUUGCUUUCCGAGAGGUCAAAUCCGACUGCCCAGCUUUGUCAACAGUCAGGGUCGAUUCCCGAGUACAAGGUUGUUUGUUAAUAGAUUCAGUGCAACGCCACUGAGCGCAGAUGUGAGCUACGAGGAGCUAAAGCAAAUCGUGGAUGGACGAAACAAAGCAGUCAUUAUAGAUGUCAGGGAGCCAUGGGAGCUCAGGGAAUAUGGAGCUAUCCCAGGAUCUAUCAACGUGCCCCUGGGUCAAAUAAACACUGCUCUUCGGCUGGAGGCAGAGGAGUUCCUGGAGAAGUAUGGAGGUAAAAUGCCCCAACUAACUGACAGCAUAGUGUUCACCUGUUUGGCUGGAGUCCGCAGCCUGAUAGCUCUGGAGACUGCCAACUCAAUGGGAUACAAGAGUGUUCAACAUUACCCGGGUGGAUGGCAAGAGUGGAUGACACUUGAACAGAAGAAUGCUCCAUAAAUUACAUUUGGAUAUUUCUUGCAUGAUUUGUACCAAAGAUACAAAUUUAAUUUUGAGUUGAUGAUGUGAUGGUUAAAUGUCUUCACAACAAAUUCAUCUAAAAUCAGUCUUAAUGUGAAUGUGCUAGAUACACUAACUAUGCAAAGCUAGAGCCACUGAGUGAGAGUCAGGCUGUACAUGGUCAUGUGAGGUGACACAUUUACAUGUGGAUAGUGAAAACAGUGAUUAUUUGGACAUCAGUAAUUCACAGACGGUGCCUCUUUUUCUAUAGUCCUAAUGUAUUGAGUGGAUAACCUUUUCUGUCAAUUUGUUAUGGCUCUGGUAAUCCCUUUUAAACUGUGACUGUGGACAUACAAUUCUCAAAUAAUUAGAUUUCAACAUUUGAAAUGUUUUUGUAUAUAAAUAAUGGCUGAAUACAGUCCAUGAAGGGACGAAAAUAAAAUUUGUUUUCAUGAA